GAUCCCAUUUGCCAACUUCCCUGUAAGACGAUCAUGUGGAAGGCGGGUGCGACGGCGGCACGACGGACGCUCGCGUCUCCACUGCCUCGGGCUCGGGCCGCUGCUGGGGGCACGCAGCUACUGUGCUGGCGUCCGCGAGCGUUGCAGACGCUGCCGUUGGGGCUGGGCCGACCUUACUCGACGUCUUCCUCCUCGUCAGCUCCAACGACGCAGACCGCGCAGAUGGCGGCAGCAGCGUUGGCCGCAGCGGGCGUCGGCUACCUGUUUGUGACGACAGGGCGUCAGAGCGAGCAGGAGAAGCAACAGCGCGAGCAAGAAAUCGAGCGUCAGCGCAAGUUGAGUGACCGUCUCGCCGCGGAGCUGGUGGCGGCCGAAGCUAACCAGCACAAACUGGACUGGAAGACCACACUCGAACGCGUGGUGCCUGCUAUUGUGAGCUUGAAGCUCAACUCGCCCAAGUUUUUCGACACGGAGUCGCCGGGUAACGGGUCCGCGACGGGUUUUGUGGUGGACGCGGAGAAGGGAAUUAUUCUGACGAACCGCCACGUCGUGGGACCAGGACCCAUUGUAUGGAGAUAGUUUCGAUUGCUGUUGGCUUUCCGGUUAUUGACAAUUGUGAUGGUAUGCUUGGAAUUUGUUCGUUUUGUGCAGGAUGCGGAGGCUGUUUUCCAGAAUAACGAGGAAGUUCGGGUGAUUCCGAUUUACCGCGAUCCGGUUCACGACUUUGGCUUCUUUCAAUUCAACCCGGCGGACGUGAAGCACAUGUCGGUGCCUUCUUUGCGCUUGGAACCGGAAAAAGCUACCGUAGGGACGGACAUCCGCGUCGUGGGUAACGAUGCUGCUGAAAAGCUCGCUAUUGCUAGUGGCACACUGGCGCGUCUGGAUCGCGAUGCACCCAACUAUGGAUACAACAGCUACAACGACUUCAACACCUUCUAUUACCAGGCUUCGUCAGGAACUACCGGCGGUUCUUCGGGCUCACCAGUGCUCAACCACGAUGGCGAUGCAAUUGCUCUCAAUGCCGGCGGUAAAAUUGGCACAGCAGCAUCCUUCUAUCUGCCACUAGAUCGAGUUAAGCGCGCAUUCGAUUUAAUUCGAGAAGGCAAGGAGGUGCCUCGCGGCACUAUCCAAGCGAUCUUCAACUACAAACCCUUCGAUGAGGUGCGCCGACUUGGAGUGGACCCAGCCACGGAAGGUCUUGUUCGUACUUCGUUCCCGCUGGAGACAGGAAUGCUAACAGUAGCCGAAACGAUUCCGGGUGGCCCGUCCAGCAACAAGCUGCAGCCUGGUGAUGUACUGGUGCGCUUAAACGGUGAAUUGAUCACGCGGUUCGUGCCAUUGGAAGCCAUACUUGAUGACAACGUCGACAAGGAGGUUGAGCUUCAAAUCGAACGUUCAGGGGAGUUGGUGACGCACAAAGUGCAAGUUCAAGACUUACACUCAGUUACUCCAUCGCGUUUUAUCGAAAUUGGUGGCGCUGUCAUCAACCCGCUGUCGUACCAGCAAGCACGGAACCAUGCGAUGAGCUCUGGAGCGCCGUACGUUGCGGAUCCAGGUUACUUCCUGCAACGUUCUCGUAUUGGUCGUGGAUCCAUCAUCCACUCUGUUAAUGGUACUAAGACGCCUGAUCUCGAGACGCUCAAGAACUACCUAAAGCAGUGCAAGGACCGCGAUCGCAUCGUAGUCAAGUUCUCGAAAUUGACAGAUAAGUCUGAAAAGGUCGAGGUCGUGCAUGUAGACCGCAGGUGGUUCCCGUUCUGCGAAUAUGUACGUGACGACAAGCUUGGAACAUGGCACUGUGAGCAUUUUGCUCCACCCAGCGAGGAUAGUAGCGCAAGUGAUGCCGAAAAGAGCAAGACUUCAGCCCAAGAGGAGCCGAUCGGCUCAACAACUACCUUACCGGGUAAAAACCCGGUGGAGAAUAAGCUUGCGCGCUCGUUAGUCACGGUGGACUUUGACAGACCAUUCAGUGUGAACAGUUUGUCGACGUCUAAUUACCGAGGCACAGGACUUGUGAUUGAUGCGGCCAAGGGACUUGUGGUUGUAGAUCGCAACACUGUGACUGACUCAAUGGGCGACGCCAUGGUGACUUUCGCUAGCACCAUUAUGGUUCCGGCUCAAGUGGUAUUUGUUCAUCCGGUGCAUAACUUCGCCAUUGUGCAGUACGAUCCGAAGCUCAUUGGUUCCACGCCCAUUGAAAGCUGCCAGGUGGCAUCCAAACCGCUGGUACCAUCCGAUCCCGUGUGGCUCGUUGGUCUUAUGAGCAGCGUGGGUCGCAGUGGCCACUCCGAUCUUGUGUCCCGCGAGACUAUCGUGUCUGGUGUUAAGUGGAUUGGAUUGCCUAUGCCUAACCCACCGCGGUACCAGGAGCAUAACCUCGAAAUGGUUUCUUUGCAGGACGUUGUUGGCACUGAAGGCGGCGUUAUUUGCAGUGACAAGGGCGAGGUGAGUGCGUUCUGGGCCUCUUUCUCGUUCCAACAGCAGCGUCGUAGCUCCAAGGUGGAAAGUCAGUUCAACCGCGGUAUCCCGAUGGAUCUGAUCAUGGAAAGCGCUGCACCUCUGAUGCGUGGAGUGACACCUAAAAUCUACGACCUGGGCGUUGACUUCGAGCACUUGAGCUUGGCUAAGGCUCGAGAGCUUGGUCUCGGUCAAGCUCUAGCCGAGAUCCUGGAGAAGGAUGCGCCGGAUCGCCGGACCAUUUUGAGCGUCGCGCGACGAUGGGGUGGCACCGAGGCCCAGGACGUGCUUAAAAACGGCGAUAUCUUGGUCGCUGUGGACGGCAAGAUCGUGACGAGUUUCCGUGAGGUAGAGCGCUGUACACAGAAGCCAGAAGUGCGGCUCACUAUCGUGCGAGAUGGACGCGAGAUGCAGUUGGACGUGAAGACCCUUUUCAUGGAGCGCACGGAGAUCAACCGUAUCGUAUUCUGGCAAGGUUUGUUACUGCAGGCGCCACCGCUAUCAGUGUCCGCGCAGCGUAGCAUCUCGUUGGAUGAUGGUAUAUACGUGUCCUGUCGGUACUCGGGUUCUCCGGCUGCUCGUUAUGGUCCGCCACCCACAAGUCGCAUCAAGGAAAUCGACGGCAUCAAGAUCACAAGUAUCGACGAUUUCUUGAGUGUCGUUACCGCAAAAUCGGCAAACGACUCGGUGCGCAUCAAGUACACGGACCUCAGUGGCAAGGACCGUCUCAGUACGCUCAAGCUCGAACCCAAGUACUGGCCUACGAGUGAGUUGGUGCAUGAAGGCGGGGAGUGGCAUCGACUCCAACAUUAAACGGGGGGUCACUCUUGUCUUCCAAUAACCGUCAAAAAAAAAAAAAAAAAAA